CCUUUGUUACCAUUCCCACUCAAUUUCCGUUAGCCCUACCGUUUGGUUGCCCAGAAAAAAAAUAAAAUAAAAUAAAAUAAAAUUCCAACAAUCCAACAUCGACUGUAUGGGUAUUUACCGACUGUAGAGUUACAGUCAUGGGCUUUGUAGAUUUGUAGAUUCGGUGUUAUCUUAAAAUAUUGUGUCACCUUGAAGUUUGGUACUUUGAUGUCGUAAUUUAAUAGCUUUUGAAUCACUUUCUUUUUUUUUCUUUUUCGAAAAAGUUGUACUAGAAAAAGAAAAGAAAAGAAAAUUUUCUCUGAAAAUUCAAACUUGAUUAAUUAGCUCGAUAUUACCAAAAAAAUAAAAAAAUUCUUAUAUUAUUUAUUUUAUUUUAUUUUAUGUUAUGGGAAGCAUAUGAAACUUGAACAAGUGCGUACCGUUACUGUGCUUGAGAUUCACACGGUUUUGGUAUUUUUUGUCGAUUAGUAGCUGAAAAGCUUCUACGCACAGUAGCGAAUAAUGGCUUUGUUUCGGCGAAGAAAGACUCCUUCGGAUACUUCAAAGAACAGGAGCGAAAACAGCAAACAAGAAGAAGAAGAAGAAAAGGAAGAAGAAGAAAUAGAGGAUGAUAAAAAGAAGAAGAUACCACCGAAAGGUAAAAUAUGGAGGCAGAAGAAGAAGAAGAGCAAAUGGUCGUGUUUGGAUACAUGCUGUUGGUUAGUGGGUUGCAUUUGCACAAUUUGGUGGUUUUUGCUGUUUAUGUAUAAUGCUAUGCCGGCUUCUUUCCCUCAGUAUGUGACCGAGGCGAUCACGGGACCGAUGCCGGAUCCGCCCGGUGUCAAAUUGAGGAAAGAAGGGUUGAGGGCUAAGCAUCCCGUGGUGUUCGUACCCGGGAUUGUCACCGGCGGGCUCGAAUUGUGGGAGGGCCACCAAUGCGCCGAGGGACUGUUCCGGAAACGCCUCUGGGGCGGCACGUUUGGAGAAGUUUACAAAAGACCCUUAUGCUGGGUGGAGCACAUGUCACUGGACAAUGAAACUGGAUUGGAUCCUUCUGGUGUAAGGGUCAGGCCUGUGACUGGACUUGUGGCUGCUGAUUACUUUGCUCCAGGGUACUUUGUGUGGGCAGUUCUGAUUGCUAACUUGGCUCGCAUUGGUUAUGAGGAGAAAACAAUGUAUAUGGCUGCAUAUGAUUGGAGACUCGCGUUUCAGAAUACUGAGGUAAGAGAUCAGACUCUAAGCCGGAUAAAAAGUAACAUUGAAUUGAUGGUUACUACUAAUGGUGGGAAAAAGGCAGUUAUUAUUCCACAUUCAAUGGGUGUCUUGUACUUCCUGCACUUUAUGAAGUGGGUUGAGGCCCCAGCUCCAAUGGGUGGUGGGGGAGGACCAGAUUGGUGUUCGAAGCAUAUUAAGGCAGUGAUGAACAUUGGUGGACCAUUUUUGGGUGUUCCAAAGGCUGUCUCUGGGCUUUUCUCUGCUGAAGCCAAGGAUAUUGCAGUUGCCAGGGCCAUUGCACCUGGUUUUUUGGAUAACGAUCUAUUUCGUCUUCAAACUUUGCAACAUGUAAUGAAGAUGACUCGCACUUGGGACUCAACCAUGUCUAUGAUACCAAAAGGUGGGGACACAAUAUGGGGUGGUCUUGAUUGGUCUCCUGAGGAAGGGUUUCGUCCUAGCACGAAGAGACAAAAAAACAAUGAUACCCAGUUUACAAGAGAAAAUAAGGCUCAUGAUCUAGUUUCUGAAUCAAAAACUAUUAAAUAUGGAAGGAUUAUAUCAUUUGGAAAAGAUGUAGCAGAGGCACAUUCAUCUGAGAUAGAAAGGACUGACUUUAAGGGUGCCAUUAAGGGUUUUAAUGUUGCAAAUACUACUUGUCGGGAUGUAUGGACUGAGUACCAUGACAUGGGAAUUGAGGGUAUCAGAGCUGUUGCAGAUUAUAAAGUAUACACUGCUGGAUCAGUUGUAGACCUGCUUCAAUUUGUAGCCCCAAAAAUGAUGGCACGUGGUAGUGCUCAUUUCUCAUAUGGAAUUGCUGACAAUUUGGAGGAUCCAAAGUACAAUCACUACAAAUAUUGGUCUAACCCAUUGGAGACAAAAUUACCAAAUGCUCCUGAUAUGGAAAUCUUUUCUCUUUAUGGAGUUGGCAUACCAACAGAAAGAGCUUAUGUUUAUAAGUUAUCUCCUUCUUCAGAAUGCUACAUUCCAUUUCAGAUUGAUACUUCAGUUAAUGGUGAAGAUGAAGACAGCUGUCUGACGGAUGGAGUAUAUGCUGUCGAGGGGGAUGAGACUGUGCCUGUUUUAAGUGCAGGCUUUAUGUGUGCUAAAGGUUGGCGGGGCAAAACCAGAUUUAAUCCUUCAGGAAUCCGAACAUAUGUUAGAGAGUAUGAUCAUUCCCCUCCAGCCAACCUGCUCGAGGGUCGGGGAACCCAAAGUGGUGCUCAUGUUGACAUAAUGGGAAACUUUGCUUUGAUCGAGGAUGUGAUAAGGGUGGCAGCUGGUGCUAGAGGAGAAGAUUUGGGAGGUGACCAAGUUUUCUCCGACAUUUUUAAAUGGUCUGAGAAGAUCGAUCUACCCCUAUAAGAUCCACUGGAUAAGAAAUAACAAGAACAGCUUCAGACGCGUGGAAAGGAGGUUUUACUUGUCGGUUGUUGAUCUCUUUUGCAUGAAGACCACUGGAUCACAACCUUCUCUAAUGGCUUCUUGUUCUUGUUAUGUGGAUCAUGAUUGUAUGUGGAUCAUGAUUGUAUGUGUAUACUAAUUAUUGAAUGAGGUGAUUUACACCCAUAUCAGUAUAUCUGUGGACAAGCUGGAAUUUCUGGCUCAAAAACUAAAUAGAGGUUGUUCAUAGUGUUGUUUUU